AGCUGCAGUCCCGUAAACACCCCCCACCCCGUUUCUUCCUUGCAACACGCAUAUCGACAUAAGAUAAACACCGGGACCCCCAGCCUCUGUUGCUUUGGUGUUAUUUAUUAUGCAGAUGACGCAGGGAGAUUUGUUUGUGUUCCGUCUGCUGGCAGUUGUGAAAUUUGUAUGUUUUCGAAGUGGAGGCCCGAAUGGAAAAGUUUGAUUUUGUCCACACGUGACCAAGCAUCAUUUGCAAACCACUCCGAGGUAUCUGUGGGGGGGGGGCACAUCUUUUUCUUUCUUUAUCUCUGAGGUUUUUUGGAAAUAGAAUGUGUCCAAAUACAACACGCAAUCCACUUUCAUUCAGAGGGCUUUGAUUUAAUGUUCAAUUGCUUGCUGAACAAGUGCAAGGACUGGAAACAUUGGUGAGAAAUUAAAUAAAUACAUACUUGUGCGUUUUAUGUGCCGAGUUCCCGACCCUAAGGGCCACUCUUACUGUAAGGGACAGGAAGAAGCCCAAACAUAGUGUUUAAGGGCUGACUCACACCCUCAGGAAGCCGGACCUCCUUCUACAAACUGCUUUAUAAAAAGGGCACAAAACUUACUCCAGUUUAGAAAUUUAUUGAAAAGAACCAGCUCCCACAGAGCCAUACGCUUAUAUUAUUUAUUCCAUAAGCCAUUCCUCGUUUUCUUGCUACGCUAUUUUUUUGUUUUUCCCUCUCUGCGAUCCCGAAACCUUUUUUUUUCCCAAAUGUUUUGGUUUCCACGUAACUCUUUCUCCUACCUGUCUUCUCUCCUCUUCAUCAUCCCACUUCCUUUCUGCUCGUCCUUUUACCUCACUGACUCCAACCCACUUUUAGCCUUCAGCAGUGAAGUCAAGGAGGUGCACCUCUACACAGACAAUCACAGAAGGGCGAUGUACCUGCAGAUGGCUCUGGACGGCAGCGUGUCGGGGAGCGACGCUCAGACCGAGUACAGUGUGAUGCAGCUGAAAUCUGUCCGGUUGGGCCACGUUGUCAUCGAGGGGAAGUCCUCCUCUAUGUUCCUCUGCAUGGACAGCGAGGGCCGUUUGAGAGGACAGGGGCAGUACUCGGAGGCCGACUGCAGCUUCAGUGAGCUGCUGCUGGCAGACGGGUACACCCGCUUCCUCUCCUCGCAGCGCGGGAUGGAACUGUCUCUGGCGCCGAGGCCGUCCUCGGACGCAAACUCGGUGCCCUUCAGUCGGUUCCUGCCCAUCCGCACGCGCCCGGAGGCUGAGAGCGUCGCCGAAGAGCCGCCGAGCGGCCAGAGAUACGUCAACGUGGACUCGGAGGAUCUCCUCGGGAUGGGUCUGAACGCCAUGGGGAACCCUCAGUUCUCCGUGGAGAAGUAAAGAGAAUGAACUCCACGGACCUGUAACUUAACGUGUGAUGUAUUUUGUAUCGAUCAGGGAACCUUUCUUUCUGUGUGAAAUUAGUACGUUUUUCUUCUCAUGAGCAUACAGUAAUACGUAAGUUAUUUAUUUAUUGUGUGUGUGUUCUAAUGGCUAUUUAAAGACUGGAGAAUAAAUUCAGAGAUUUUAUAGGGUGUUUCAAAGUGUACAGUGUUUAUCAGACAGGUUCUGAAGGAAAAUAAACACGAUGUCAACGGCCACUUUGUUUGUCUGAAUCUGUCAUACGUGGCGAUUAAUGACUGCAGUGGCAGCAGUGUGAACCCACUUGUUGUCACGGUUUGGGUCUGCUUCUUGUCUUAUUUUGUAGUUUUCAUGUCUCUUGUGUUCCUGGGGUAACGUCACUUCCUGCCUUGCCCUGUCUUCCCCUGUGAUUGUCUGCCGGGCCUGAUCGUUUCCACCUGUGUCCAAUCACCUGCACCUCCCUUGUGUAUUUAAGCCCCGUGAGUCUCUUGUCUUGUGUGACGUCAUUACAUGUCGACGUUCUUGGGUCCUGUCAAGUAAGUCAAGUCUGUGUUUUCAAGUCCAGGUCCCUGUUUUUUUUUUUGUCUGUUUUGUUUUUGCCUUCUUCCUCCCCCUAUUUGGUUGGAGUGAUUUUGAGUGUGUGAUUUUUGACUAUUAAAGUCCUUUUAUUUUCCAAUACUCCGCGUCGGAGUCCUCCCUCCUUGCCCUCGACCCCGCGUCCUGACACUUGUGAUGGUUUAUGGGCUGUGGUGGUGGUCAGAGGCGUGUUGGAGUCUCACAUACCAUUCCUCCGAUGUCACAUUGUGUUUUAAACUGAUGGUGCGUUCUGUCUGACCGUUGUCGGUAAAUAACAUGAACCUUUACUAAGCCUCAAACAACACAAUAUACAAUAUACGCUCAUAAUAGCAGCAAUAUAACUAAUAA